AUGCCUUCUACCUGUAUCACUGGGCCGAGUAUCAUGUUCCAAAAUUCGUACGCCUUCGCGACUGAAGCUCCGUACACCAUUCAUGUAAUUUUCCGGGUGGUAAACUACGCUGCAGGUGUGUACGACUCGGUCACUUGGCCCAUCGCGAACAAUGCAGGUACAGUGCUUAUGCUGUCAAUCCGAGACGACACUGGCGCAAGAUCCAUUUCAGCUUCGUUCAGCGUCAGGCCUGGAGGUGCGAGCUUUUCAUUCAAUGAAAUUCUCAAGUAUCUCGAUUCCUUACUGUCGUCUAAAUCCUCAGCCCAUAAGUACAAGCUGUGCAGUGGGACGUCCACUACUCGCACGAGCCCCACUCUCACUCGUAGGACAGCAACGAUUACGACCACAACUAUGGUGGCCAAUGUACCGGCUAUGACCACGACCCUAUGGGCGCCGUGGUCAAGCACCCGCGACCUCCUGGCCCACCUCGAGCACCUCACCCGCGCUCUCUCCAAGUAG